AUGAACACUCUCAAAAUUGUAGGUCUGCUCUGCUGUUCGGCUUUUCUGGUCCGGUCCGCGCAUAUUCCAGAGAAGUCAAUGGACGCAAGGAGUUUGGUCGAAAAAAUAUUAGGCAACAUCCCUGUGGUUCACGGGUCUAGUGUCAAAAUCAUGGGCCUGACCCUUGACCCGUCCAGCCAGUCUAGGAACAUGCCGUACCAGUCCAUGGUGACCUCCCUGGGCAUCCCCGCAGCACCAGAACUAAGGACUGUCUGCAGACCCCUAAACCAAAUCGACUUCACCCUGGAGGUGUGUCUGAGCAGUAUGUCUGCGGGGCUGCAGCUGUAUCAGGAUGUGCUGGGUGAGCUGAAGGAGCGUGUGACCACUGACAAGGUGACAGGACUCCUGGCUGACAUCAGAGACCUGCUGGCCCAGGUCAACAAGAUGCAGGAGCCUGGCCAGAUGAGCAGUGUGGCCCAGUACGAGGCCUCAGGACUGGCCUCACGCCUCCCAGGGGACUACGAGGUUCAGGUUGCAACUCACUUUACCCUGCUGCAGCUCCGUGACUUCACACAGAACCUAAAACGCAGCCUGCGCAACAUCGAACACCUGACUUCCAGGCCAGGACAGGGGGUCUGA